CUUUUUUUUCUUUUCCUUCCAAUUCCUCCAGAGGGAAAUUGAGAGCGAAGAAGAGAAGACGAUGGGAGUGAGUUUGGAAGGAGAGAAGGUGAUAUUGGUGCCAUACAUGAAAGAACAUGUUCCCAAAUACCAUCAAUGGAUGCAAGAUCCUGCCCUUCUCUUUGCUACUGGUUCGGAGCCACUCACCCUUGAUCAGGAGUAUGACAUGCAGCUCUCUUGGUCCCAGGACCCCCUCAAGCACACCUUCAUUGUUUUGGAUAAGCAGAUGAUUAUGGGGGAAUUCGUACAUGGCCAACCCCAUACUGAAGCCAUGGUAGGUGAUGUUAAUAUGUAUAUGAACGAUCCUGAGGACCCUCUUUUUGGGGAAAUUGAGAUUAUGAUAGCUGAACCUAAAAGUCGUGGCAAAGGACUAGGAAAGGAAGCAGUCGUGAUGAUGAUGGCUUUUGCUGUUGAGAACGUUGGGAUCCAUACAUUCCGUGCCAAAAUUGGAGAAUCAAAUCAAGCAUCGAUUCUUCUGUUUCACAAAUUGGGUUUUCAGGAUUCUUCAUUCAGUGAAGCUUUUAAAGAGUGGACAAUGGAGUUGCCAGUAACGAAGUCCAACAGGGAUUAUUUGCUGCAGCAUUGCGCCGAUAAAAUGGUCACUCAUUCUUCUUAGCCUUCAUUGCUUGAUUGGCUACAUCGUUCUAAAUGGCAAGGAAACUGCUAAUUCCAUAUCACACACUUUUGACAUACAAAACGACUGAAUAGUUGAAUGACAAGAAACAGAUGAUUAGUGUUUGUUUCUUGUCAAACAUCAAUAAUGUAAUGCCUCAUAUAAUUUAUCUACUGGUGUAGUUGAAAAACCCUAAUAGAUCAACCCUGAUAACUGAGGAACAAUUGUUUUACAUGUUUGAACUUUGUUUUUAUACUAUUGUUGUUGGUGAUGAUUAUGAUGUA